ACCAAGUUACCAGCCCCUUUGGGAGGUGAUGAUCAAAUGGGCCUCGGGUUGUAGGGUACUGCUGAUAGAGCUAAGGCCCACAAGGCGGCCCAAAGAAACAGCUGCAGGUCAAGUCCACCUCAAACUGUUACAGUCGCCGUGGCAGAGACCGAACGGGACAGAGAAUGGAAGGCGACUCCGCUCCAACAAUCCCCGCGGCAGACGUUUCAUCGGGCGUCAAUGGUGGCAUGACGCUCCCAUGGUCAAAUUUCUGAGGGAAAAUUUGGAGAAAUCUGGAUGCGCGAUUGGUGACAAGUUCAUCAAGGCCAUUUAUUGCAACACGAAGGUCAGUGGCGGUUACGCUCGUGGCGAAGGGAUAGUGGUAUGUAGUAAUCACAUGAACAUUCAAGAUGAGGUCAAUCAAGUUGUAAUCCAUGAGCUGAUUCACGCAUAUGAUGAUUGUCGUGCAGCAAACUUGGAUUGGACUAAUUGUGCUCAUCAUGCUUGUAGUGAGAUUCGUUCUGGUCAUCUAAGUGGUGAUUGUCACUUCAAGCGGGAAUUGCUGAGGGGUUAUUUGAAGGUUCGGGGGCACGGACAAGAGUGUGUGAGAAGAAGAGUUAUGAAGUCGGUCACAGCUAAUCCUCACUGCUCAGAAGCAGCUGCAAAGGAUGCCAUGGAGGCUGUCUGGGAUGUAUGUUACAAUGAUACAAAGCCCUUUGACAGAGCUCCUUGAAGAUGGUAAUCACUACUUGUCAUUGCCAAACUAGCUGUUGCCCAGAUUUCUGAACGGUAUUGAUUCACAUUGAUUACUUGCUUUUAAAGCAAUAAUAAUUUGUUCCUGCCACAUCUAGUCUCUGGGUCAUACACAAUGCAGUUCAAUAGAGUUCAUUUUCUCUCCUCACUUUUUUCUGGGGUUUUCCUUCAUUUUGUCAUUACUCUACAACUGCACAAAGAAAGGAUCUUACCAUUCUUAUGCGUCAUAGUGAUUGUACAUGACAAUUAAUGUUAUCUCUGAUGUCACAUUUGAAGGAGAAUUCCUUCUUUUUGGUUUGAAAGGAAAAGAAAGUUGAGAGUUUCAGUUC